AUGAUAGCGGAGCCGGAAUUGGUUCAUCUUCCGAAUGAAAUUCUGUUGCAGGUAUUCCGCCGCUUGCCACGUCAUGACAUCUUCUUCGGUGUCGCCCAUGUGAAUACUCGCUUCAGAAGCUUGGUGCACAACAAUUUGAAAACUGUCAGAUUAUUCGACGCCCACUGCCACGUGAACAUCGUUGACAACCGUCCACUCACGAAGUAUCGAGAGGAUGGCACUGAUCCGAUUAUCACCUACAGUUUCACACUUUUUGAUCGUCGGGGGCCAGAAUUCACUCAAAAACGUCGUCUAUGUCUCCGAGGAAACGAUACACGAUACAAGGAGCUCCACGUAUCUCAUUUCAAUGAUUCCACGAUGCAAGCUCAAUUCGAACGAGCUGGAAAUGGACAUGACAUCACAGUCUCCCCGACCACUGCACAGACGCUCUUAUCCUACAUGAACCUCCAAGCGAUCCGUAUCCAAGUCCGCAAGCAGUGCAAACCAGAGUCGAUACGGAUUGAGGACGACUUCUUUGCGGAUUCGUUGAAGUUUUUGGAGGAAAAGUGUUGUCGAGUGGAGAUCAAAUCCCUUCUCCUCUGCUCGAAAAACCCUCUCUUCUCAUGGCAACUCGGUCAGAAGUCUCUCUUGAAGCUCUCCAAUCUCGAAGGCCUUCAGAAUCUCAUCCUCGAGAAUAUGACGACGUUCGACCCGAACUUUCUGAAGCUCCCCACCAAGAACCUGGCGAGUCUCCAAUUCCGUCUGGACCCCCGCCACCGUAUGGAAUUCGAUCAAAUGACGUCAUCCCCAAUAACCGGAGAUAUUCUGAAGACACUUUCCAACUCAUCCGUCGCCCGUCUCGACUUCUCAGCCUACGCCGAGGUCUCUCAAAUUGUCAGUAUGAUUUCAGCAGUCGAUAUGUGCUGCUUCAUCGAGAACUGGCAUUUCUCUCCGAAGCCAUGGCUCAUCAAAGGGAUCUCCUUUAACUCGACAGUCACGAUUGAUGACUUUAGAGUUGCUGUUCAUCAAUUUCUUCCAAAAACCUUCGCCACGCCCAUUCCCUAUUGCCGCUUCCAGACCCGUCAUCGAAAAUCGAUGGAUAUCGUUUUGGAAUUCGCUUGUUAUGGGAAUGGAACCGCUACUCAAUGGAUCAUCCGUACCGGUCAUCUCACCUAUUAA